AUGGUUAAACUCGCGUUUAAAGGAGCCAAACGUCUUGCCGAAUCAAAAACCAGCUACAGAAAAGAGCCUUUUAUCAUCGAGAUUUUAAACGAUCUAGUCGAAAGAUAUGGCACUUCACAAAACUUAAUUCAUUUGAGAUUUCUUCUGAUUGCAAUUUUAGGGUUUGCAGGGUUUUUUAGAACUAGCGAACUAUUAAACUUGAAAGUAAAACAUCUAAACGAAAAGGUCAACUCGUUCGAAAUAUUUUUAGAAAAGUCAAAGACAGAUCAACUAAGAGAAAGGAAUAUUGUGUACAUCGCUAAAACCAGUUCUACUACAUGUCCAGUAUUGUGGCUCAGAAAAUACUUAGCAUUAACGAACCUUAAAAGUCAACCCUAG